UCUCCUUUUCUCUACCAAGGAAGAAGCGAAGACAAACCCUAGCCAUACCCAUGGCUUCUCGCAAGGUCUUAUCAUCUCUCUUCCGAUCGUCUGUACGACGUUCUGCGUCGAAGCCAUCAUCAUCGAUUAUUCACCCCAGAAGUCCUUCUCCUGCCCCUUCUACUCGCGCUUCUCCCAAGGGUUAUCUCCUCAAUCGCGCGGUAGAUUACGCCACUUCAGCAGCAGCUGCUGCACCAUCAUCGCCUUCUACGCCUCCAACGAAGGGGGCUGGCCCUAGCGGCAAGAUCACCGAUGAGUUCACCGGUGCUGGCUCGAUCGGUAGUGUCUGUCAGGUCAUCGGUGCCGUCGUCGAUGUCCGAUUUGAAGAGGGUUUGCCUCCGAUCUUGACUGCUCUCGAGGUCUUGGACAAUUCGAUUCGUUUGGUUCUUGAAGUUGCUCAGCACUUGGGUGAGAACAUGGUGAGGACCAUUGCCAUGGACGGGACUGAGGGUCUCGUUCGUGGUCAGAGGGUGCUCAACACUGGUUCUCCGAUUACUGUUCCUGUGGGUAGAGCUACCCUUGGCCGUAUCAUGAAUGUGAUUGGAGAGCCUAUUGAUGAGAGGGGUGAUAUAAAAACCGAUCAUUUCCUACCCAUCCACCGUGAAGCCCCAUCAUUUGUUGAACAGGCAACUGAGCAACAGAUCCUAGUCACUGGAAUUAAGGUUGUGGAUCUCCUUGCACCAUACCAGAGAGGAGGAAAGAUUGGUUUGUUUGGUGGUGCUGGUGUAGGGAAGACGGUGCUCAUCAUGGAACUGAUUAACAAUGUUGCCAAAGCUCACGGUGGUUUCUCUGUCUUUGCUGGUGUUGGUGAGCGUACUCGUGAGGGUAAUGAUCUUUACAGAGAAAUGAUCGAGAGUGGUGUUAUCAAGCUAGGGGAUAAGCAGAGUGAUAGCAAGUGUGCUCUUGUGUAUGGUCAAAUGAAUGAGCCUCCUGGUGCGCGUGCGCGUGUGGGGCUUACCGGGCUCACUGUGGCUGAGCACUUCCGAGAUGCUGAGGGGCAAGAUGUGCUUCUCUUCAUUGACAACAUUUUUCGUUUCACACAAGCGAACUCAGAGGUGUCUGCCUUGCUUGGUCGAAUCCCAUCUGCUGUCGGAUAUCAACCAACUUUGGCUACAGAUCUUGGAGGCCUUCAAGAGCGUAUUACCACAACUAAGAAAGGUUCAAUCACAUCAGUCCAAGCUAUUUAUGUGCCUGCUGAUGAUUUGACAGAUCCAGCGCCUGCAACUACUUUUGCCCAUCUGGAUGCCACAACUGUGUUGUCCCGACAGAUCUCUGAGCUUGGUAUCUAUCCUGCUGUCGAUCCCCUGGAUUCUACAUCCCGUAUGCUUUCUCCUCAUAUUUUGGGAGAAGAGCACUACAAUACGGCCCGUGGUGUACAGAAAGUUUUGCAGAACUACAAGAAUCUUCAGGAUAUUAUUGCCAUUUUGGGAAUGGAUGAGCUAAGUGAAGACGACAAGCUGACUGUUGCUCGUGCUCGUAAGAUACAGAGGUUCCUGAGUCAGCCUUUCCAUGUUGCAGAAGUUUUCACUGGUGCCCCGGGGAAGUAUGUAGAGUUGAAGGAGAGCAUUCAAAGCUUCCAGGGAGUAUUGGACGGGAAAUUUGAUGACCUUCCUGAGCAAUCUUUCUACAUGGUUGGAGGAAUCGAAGAGGUCAUUGCCAAGGCCGAGAAGAUUUCAAAGGAGUCUGCAGCUUAAGGACUUGCAGUUUGUCUUUCUCUCUUUUUUACCCCCCAACACCUUGAAAAUCAAUAAUUUGAUUGAUGGUGGCUCUUGCCAGCAUCAGGGGUUGCACAUUUUUUUUGAGAUCAACUGUAUUAUUGUUUUUCCCUCGGAUUUGUGAUAGGUAGGGAAACAAGCUAGAGGGCCUGCUCUGCCGGCACAUCCCUUUUUAUUGUUUUGGUUCAAUAAUGUUAAAAAUGAAAGAGAAUCAAGAACAUAUUUAAAUUUUCUUUGCCA